GUAUUUUUUUUAUCAUUUCCGAUUCUCUUCGUCUCUGGCCUCCCUCUCUCGCUCGCUCGCUCGCGCGCUCGGUGGUUCGAUUGAUCGAUCGGUCGAUCGGUCGUUCGUUCGCCAGAAGCCAUGAAUUGACCGUUGGAGACCACCUCAUUUGGUUUUUCCGGCAAUGUUCUAUAGAUGGUUUCGGUUUUACCAUUUCUCGGCGGUCGGAUUUCUCGACUACUUGAAUUAAAAUCGGGCAUUGCUUGAUUCACUGAAUUACGUUGACGUUAGUAGCCAGAGGAAGAUCCAGGGUUCGGGUUAGAAAUGUUUCACAAGAUAAUAAAGCGUGGGCAUCGGAAGGUCUCCAAGUCGGAUGCCAAUGAGGCUGCUGUAUUUGGGCACGGUGCUUCCGCAUAUCGGAAUUCUGGAUCCGUUUCGACGUCGAAUAUUACAGUAAACCAUGCCUCUCGAACUACCGAUGCUUCUUCUGUUGCCAAUUCUCAGCAACAGUCAGGUGGGGCGGCAAAUGGCGCCGGCUCGGAGCGGGGGAGCGUUGUUGAAUCCAUGCCAGUAAUCGUUGAGACGCUUCCGUUGUUCAGAGAUGUCCCCGUCUCUGAGCGACAGAAUCUAUUUCUUCGGAAGCUGAGGAUUUGUUGUAUACUCUUUGAUUUCUCGGAUACAUUGAAAUCCAUUCGGGAGAAGGAGACCAAGCGACUGACUCUUAUUGAGCUUGUAGAUUUCAUACAAUCCGGUUCUAGCAAGAUUACUGAGAAUGUUCAGGAAGAAAUGAUUCGGAUGAUUUCUAUCAAUAUUUUUCGUUGUUUGCCUCCAGCUUCGCAUGAGAACACGGGAGCUGAAAAUACUGACCCAGAAGAAGAGGAACCGUAUAUUGAGCCUUCCUGGCCUCACUUGCAGAUUGUAUACGAACUGCUUCUCAGAUACGUUGUAUCGUCUGACACGGAUACUAAGAUCGCGAAGCGAUACAUAGAUCAUUCUUUUGUUUUGAAACUCCUGGAUCUUUUUGACUCCGAGGAUCCUCGUGAGCGGGAGUAUUUGAAGACUAUUCUCCAUCGAAUUUAUGGGAAAUUCAUGGUGCAUCGCCCAUUUAUAAGGAAGGCAAUAAACAACAUCUUCUACCGCUUUAUUUUUGAGACAGAGAGACACAGUGGAAUCGGCGAGCUGUUGGAGAUUCUUGGUAGCAUAAUAAAUGGAUUUGCCCUGCCAAUGAAGGAGGAACAUAAGUUGUUCCUUGUUCGGGCUCUUAUUCCACUCCACAAGCCUAAAGCGGCUGCCUUGUAUCACCAGCAGUUGUCAUACUGCAUUACCCAGUUUGUUGAAAAGGAUUAUAAACUGACGGAUACUGUCAUAAGGGGGUUACUGAAGUACUGGCCCGUCACCAACUGUCAGAAAGAGGUUCUCUUUCUAGGAGAGCUAGAAGAAGUGCUGGAGCUAACACAAUCGGCAGAAUUUCAACGAUGCAUGGUUCCUCUUUUUAGACAAAUAGGACGCUGCCUCAAUAGCUCGCAUUUCCAGGUAGCAGAAAGAGCCCUCUUCUUGUGGAACAAUGAACACAUUGUGGGUUUGAUUGCCCAGAACCGCAGCGUGAUAUUCCCAGUCAUCUAUGAGGCACUUGAGAAGAACAUACAGAGCCAUUGGAACGAGGCAGUCCAUGGGCUGACAGAAAAUGUGAGGAGGAUGUUCUUGGAGAUGGAUAAGGAGCUAUAUGAGCAAUGCCAAAGGCAAUAUCUAGAGAAAGAGGCAAAUGCUAAAGAAUUGGAGGAACAGCGAGAAUUGACUUGGAAGAGACUGGAAGCUGUUGCAGCAAAGUCUGGGGGAGAGGACAUGGUUAUGGUUAACUGAUUAAUUUGGGUUUGGAACUGAAAGGUGAUGGGCUAAAGGGUGAUGAUGUCCUUGUUCCAUUCUAGUGUCAUUUUUAGAUCUCGCACUGGGCUUAUCAAAGAAGCAAGAGAAUGGUGUAAUUUAAAAUUGUAUCAAAAAUAUGUGGAUAAUGUGCUGCAGAUUAUGAAUGGGUUGUGAAGAUUUCUAGUAAAUUUUCUCUGAAGAAAGGGGAGUAUUGAAUCUGUCUUCAUUUCAAACAGGUAAUCUGUAGCACAAAAUCACCUGUUUCCUGAAGUUUGUCAAGGGUCAUGAAUCUGGAGAUGUAAGCAAAUCAGUAUUUUCUUCCUUUCUUCCAGUUCUACGGAUCCUAACUACCAA